AUCAAACCAUAACUUCCAAAUCUAAACAGAACCAAAAAAUAACAUAAACAAAGAAGAAACAAAAAUGGUGUCCUUUGCAACAGAGAAGAAACAAGAUCGGAAUCUAUUGUCAAGAAUCGCCUCCGGUGACGGUCACGGCGAGAAUUCAUCUUAUUUCGAUGGUUGGAAAGCUUAUGAAGAAAACCCAUUUCACCCAAUUGAUAGACCUGACGGAGUUAUUCAAAUGGGUCUCGCUGAAAAUCAGCUUUGUGGAGAUUUGAUGCGUAAAUGGGUUUUAAAACAUCCAGAAGCUUCGAUUUGUACAUCAGAAGGUGUGAAUCGAUUCAGUGACAUUGCAAUUUUUCAAGAUUAUCAUGGCUUGCCUGAAUUCAGACAAGCAGUAGCGAAAUUUAUGGAGAAGACAAGAAAUAACAAAGUUAGGUUUGAUCCUGACCGGAUUGUUAUGAGCGGCGGCGCAACCGGAGCACACGAGACGGUUGCUUUCUGUUUAGCUAAUCCCGGUGAUGGUUUCUUAGUUCCGACUCCUUAUUAUCCAGGGUUUGAUAGAGAUUUGAGAUGGAGAACCGGAGUGAAUCUUGUACCGGUUACUUGUCAUAGCUCUGAUGGGUUUAAGAUUACGGUGGAAGCCUUGGAAGCUGCGUAUGAAAAUGCGAGGAAAUCGAAUAUUUCGGUUAAGGGUUUACUUGUAACUAAUCCUUCGAAUCCGCUUGGUACGACGUUAGACCGGGAAUGCUUGAAGUCUCUUGUUAACUUUACUAAUGACAAAGGGAUUCAUCUUAUUGCUGAUGAGAUUUAUGCUGCUACUACUUUUGGUCAAUCCGAGUUUAUAAGCGUUGCGGAAGUGAUCGAGGAGAUCGAGGAUUGUAACCGCGAUUUGAUCCAUAUUGUGUAUAGUCUAUCUAAAGAUAUGGGCUUGCCUGGUUUAAGAGUUGGUAUAGUAUACUCUUACAAUGACCGGGUUGUUCAGAUCGCAAGGAAAAUGUCGAGUUUCGGUCUGGUUUCAUCUCAAACGCAGCAUUUGAUUGCUAAAAUGUUAUCCGACGAAGACUUUGUAGACGAGUUCAUCCGCGAGAGCAAAUUGCGGUUAGCUGCAAGGCACGCGGAGAUAACCACCGGUUUAGAUGGUUUAGGCAUUGGUUGGUUAAAGGCCAAAGCCGGUUUGUUCUUGUGGAUGGAUUUAAGAAAUCUUUUGAAGACAGCUACAUUCGAUUCGGAAACCGAGCUAUGGCGCGUAAUUGUCCACCAAGUGAAGUUGAAUGUGUCUCCAGGCGGUUCGUUCCAUUGCCACGAACCAGGAUGGUUUAGAGUAUGUUUUGCAAAUAUGGACCAUAAGACGAUGGAGACGGCUCUAGAGAGGAUUAGAGUGUUCACAAGCCAACUCGAGGAGGAGACCAAACCGAUGGUUUCAACAACAAUGAUGGCUAAGAAGAAGAAGUGUUGGCAGAGUAACCUCCGGUUAAGCUUUAGCGACACAAGGCGGUUCGAUGAUGGCUUCUUCUCGCCUCAUUCACCGGUGCCGCCUUCUCCGCUAGUCCGUGCACAGACUUAAAGACCGUUUCAUAUUUUGACUAGACCAGUCGUCGUUAAUUAAAAGAUCAAUUCUUUA